CUCACCUCCUCCACAUCGCCUACCUACAUCAACGCGAGGCACUGCAUUGGGAUCGAAAUCACAAAUCACGCUAGGAUAAUGCGCCAUCGUUAAACACGUCAUGGAUUCCUUCAAGACGCUUCAAGACGAGAUCUCGAAAGCCCUUGUCUCAACUACGCGCUCUGCUACACGCAUCAGCAGUGCCGACAUACCCUUCCAGCGAUCGCUCAAUCCCGAAGUUGGCACUGCGCUCGAUAGCCAAAAUGCGCGCCUCCUCCAUCUCGCGCAGCGCCUUCUCCAAAAUGCUGCAGCGAGUUCGGACGCUGUAGGUCCAAAGCUACCCGACGUCGAAGCCAUAGACGCCAAUUGGAGGGGGGUUGUUGAUGUUAUCGACAGCUUGCUUGAGAAGGCCGACACCAGUCUUGAUGAGUACACUGGAGUAGUCCGGCGCCUGAGUCCGAGUGCGGAGCAGGCUGCAGUGAAACCUCGUCCAAACAUUGCCGAAAGGAAGAUCAUCGCCAAGCCGCAGCUUACAUUUGAACACGUACCAACAAACGACGACAAGGGCGGCUUUCGCCCGCUGAUAACAUCGAAGCCACACGCCAAGGUUCCCAUCGAAGACUGCCUGAAGACCUUCAAGGACUACAAGAACCGGGAGCAAUACCCGCACCCCUAUCAAGCUGAAAUCGAAUCCUACGAAUACCCGUCAUUCCUUUACCAACAUGCCGAGCCACAGCAAUAUCCACCUUUCGAAUCCACUACCGCCACAUUCGUCGACACGCCUGAAGCGUUAGCCGUUAUGUUAGAAGAACUAAAGACCGCGAAGGAGAUUGCCAUCGAUUUGGAACACCACGACAACAGAUCAUACAUCGGCAUGGUGUCGUUGAUGCAGAUCAGCACACGGGAUAAGGACUGGAUAGUGGAUACACUGAAACCAUGGAGACGGAAGUUGGAGUGUCUCAAUGAAGUCUUCGCGGAUCCCAACAUCCUAAAGGUUUUGCACGGUGCUUUCAUGGACAUAAUAUGGCUCCAGCGUGAUCUGGGACUAUACGUUGUAGGACUGUUUGAUACGUUCCACGCCGCACGGUCGCUCGGGUAUCCAGCCGCAAGCUUAGCUUAUCUUCUCGAACGAUUCAUAAACUUCAAAGCUCAGAAGCAGUACCAGCUUGCGGACUGGCGGAUUCGACCACUCGGCCCAGAGCUUUUCGAAUAUGCGCGAGCAGACACGCAUUUCCUCUUGUACAUUUUCGACAACAUGCGGAAUGAGCUUGUCGAGAAGUCGGACUUCUCGGAUUCUGAACGAAACAAGGUCCAGGACGUCCUUACCAAAUCGAAAGAAACAGCACUACAACGAUACGAGCACCCAGUAUACGACAACAAACUAGGCCUUGGACCUGUCGGCUGGUACAAGCUGAUCUCGCGAACGCCCGUUCAAUUCACGUCUCAGCAAUUCUCUGUUUUUAGAGCAGUACACCAAUGGAGAGAUGCCUUGAGUCGAAAGGAAGACGAAAGCCCCUUCUUUAUCAUGCCAAAUCAUGCUGUGUUUUCCGUCUCUCGAGCACUGCCAGCAGAUAAACCAGCGCUCUUGCUAGCUAUACAGCAUGUUUCGCAUAUCAUGCGGGCACGAGCAGACGAGCUUUUAGGUGUCAUCGCAGAAGCGAAGAAGGACGGCGUGAAUGGCCCGGAGCUGAAUGACGUGCUCAAGACGAUUGCAGACAUGAGAGAAGCUGACAUUGUUCGAUCUGAGGCGCAAAUCCCCAAGAAGGUGAUACAAGCGUCUCCAACCCCCGCACUCCAACAAACUAUACUAUCAAGUACCGUCGCCAUACCAGCACUUCGUGCUUCCGCUUCCGAUUUCUGGGGCAAACUCUGGCAGGGGAGCCCAACUGCUCAAGAACGGUCUAUGCCAAUAGUCGACAUCGACCUUGCUCUUCCUCUGCCACCUUUAACUGCAGAAAUCUUCGCCGAUACGAACCAAGUCAUUGAGCAAGCUACGUUAAAAGCCGAGCAGUCCCAGCACACCUUUGUUCCCAAGGAGGACCGACCUCAAGAAGACCAGCGAACUGAUAUCUUCGUCGUCAAACAGCUAGGCGGUCGCAAGCGAAAGCGCGCAGAAGACCAGUCCCCAACCCUAGAUCCCAUGACCAAUGACGAAAUAUCCCUGGACCCAGCAGCUGUGGACAAAGAAUCCGAGGAAGCAGCCGCCAAACAGGAGAAGGCUGCCAGGAAAGCAGCAAAGAAACUGAAGAAGCGCGAACAAGCCGCACAGGCCGCUGCACUAAACGACAACGACGAGCCUGCGUUCGAUUAUGCAAAUGCGCCGACAAUACUCCAUGCAAACGACAACGAUGGCAAGAAGAAGAAGGACAAAAAAGAAAAGAAGAAGAAGGCUCCAGGAUUCAAUCCUUUUGGGGGUCUUACAGAUGCGCCAAAAGGAUUGCCGAGGGCGCAGAAGGAGAUUGCAGGGAGGAGCCGGACGUUCAAGUCUUAGUGGUGAUGAAUUGCUUGACUUGUAUUAUACCUGCAUUGCGAUGCCGUUCUUCCUAGAUGCGACGGUGGCAUGGAUUUCAUUUGACUCCUGAGAAGGGAGAUCAUCAUUACCUAAUCGAACCUGGGGUCUGACACAGCGAUGUGAUCGAAGACUCCUUACGUUAAAAACAUAAAUCCAACAAGCUAUGUUCAAACC